CUACAGAUCACUCAGGGUGAGCCCCAGAAGUCAUGCUCCAAGCCUGUAGCAGAGAAAGUCACAGAGAGCUGCCAGGAAAUCUGCCAGUGCAGGCCCCCUCCGCCGUUACCACCACCUCCUCCACCUCCACCGCCCCCGAGGUUGCUAGUGGUGCCGACUCCCAAGUCUACCUUUUGUCCCACUGAAGAGACCUGGUGGCCAGGCCUGGUUAUUAUCAUUGCAGUAUGCUGUGCCACAUUAGUGUUCCUCUUUGUAGUUGUCAUCAUUUGCUACAAAGCCAUAAAAAGGAAACCAAUGAGAAAAGAAGAGAAUGGAACCAGUCGGGCUGAAUAUGCAAUGACCUCCUCCCAAAACAACAAAACAGUUGAUAACAAUGCGGUUGUAUAA